CAUGCUCAGUGUUAACUUCCUUUUUGGGCUGAAUUUGCAUUGCACCAGCACGUGUUAAAAAUGCAGCUUUUUGUACGGGGUAGCCAAACCCACACCUUUGAGGUGUCCGGAACAGAAACCAUUGCAGAUAUCAAGAGCUUUUUAUUAGCAAAGGAUGGAUUUCCAGUUGAGGAACAGGUUAUUAUGUUUGGAGGAAAACCCUUACAGGAUGAUUUCCAGCUAACUAGUGUCAAUGAACUUUCAACUCUUGAUGUUGACCUCAGAAUGCUUGGAGGUAAAGUUCACGGUUCUCUUGCUCGUGCAGGAAAAGUCAAGGGACAGACACCUAAAGUUGAAAAGCAAGAGGCCAAGAAGAAGAAGACUGGCCGUGCCAAGAGACGUCAGCAAUACAACAGAAGAUUUGGUGUUGUUGUAUCCACAUUUGGACGAAGGAAGGGACCUAAUGCUAAUUCCUAAACUUUGUACAAACAUGAUACAGAAAUAAAAUAAAUUGUAAAUAA